UGGGAGGUCCAAAUACAAUGUGAUUGGCUGUUUAAAACAGCCUUCUUUUUGUACAUGUUCCUGUCCACAGAUCAGCAACAGCAGGAUUCAGCAGCACACAGUUUUGUCAGCAGGAUUACAACGUGAGGGGGAAAGUUUUACCAACUUACCAUUUUCUAAUAAGAAAAUGGAAGGAGACGAAUAAUUACAUCUGUACGACCAAGUGAUAACAUAAAGUCCCGAGAGAUAAGAAGAAGAAAAACAGAGACAGAUCAUCUUGCUCUGAAAAUAUUCAUUCAAAGAAGACAGUCAGAAAGACAACUAUGACAGAGUUCUGGCUAUGCUUGGGACAUCAUUUAUAUCUGCAGAAUUGGACAAUUCAACAACCAAGGGAAUCUAUGUCAUCUUCUAUUGGAAAGUUACAUGAAUUAACAGAAAACUCUGAUUUGAUGAAACUGUAAAAGGCUUCUUGGUUACAUUUACAUAACUAUUCCAACAUCUCAUUUGGUAAGAAGAAAAGAAAGUUGGACUUGUUUUUCUCAGCAGAAGUUAACUAACCCAUCUUUAAAAUAAUGAUGACAAAAAAAAGCACACCUGCAAGCAGAGCUUCCUUGAUUCUAUUUCUGAGCCAGAUGAUUGCUGCAUUGGAAGUACCUCUUGAUCCAAUACUUCUCAAAGAAUUAUCACAGCCUCCAACAAUAACUCAUCAGUCUCCAAAAAACUACAUUGUUGACCCACGAGAGAAUAUUGUAAUACAGUGUGAAGCAAAAGGAAAGCCACCUCCUAGUUUCUCAUGGACUCGUAAUGGAACUCAUUUUGAUAUAGAUAAAGAUGCACGGGUAACAGUGAAACCAAACUCAGGAACCCUUGUAAUAAACAUUAUGAAUGGUGGAAAAGCAGAAGCAUAUGAAGGCAUAUAUCAGUGUACAGCAAAGAAUGAACGUGGAGCAGCAAUUUCCAAUAACAUUGUUAUCCGAUCAUCUAGAUCCCCCUUGUGGACUAAAGAAAAAAUAGAACCAAAACAUGUCCGAGAAGGUGAUCCCCUAGUACUGCAAUGCAGCCCUCCAGUUGGCUUACCACCACCUAUAAUAUUUUGGAUGGAUAAUUCUUUCCAAAGACUGCCUCAAAAUGAAAGAGUUUCCCAAGGUCUGAAUGGAGACCUUUAUUUUUCCAAUGUAAAACCACAGGACACCCGUGAGGACUAUAUUUGUUAUGCAAGAUUUAAUCACACUCAGACUAUACAACAGAAGCAACCUAUUUCUGUGAAGGUUUUUUCAAUGGAUUCAUUGAAUGAAACUAUAUCUGCUAAUUUGAGUGACACUGAUUUUUACAGUGCCAAGCCAUUGACAGAGAGACGACCGGCACUUUUAACUCCAGUGGGGAGCACAAGUACUAAAGUGGAACUGAGGGGAAAUGUACUUUUGCUGGAGUGCAUUGCAGAAGGAUUGUGAGUUGCUUUUUCAGCCAAAGUGUUUUUUAAAUACAAAGUAGAAAUACCGAAUAAUAUUUCAGAAAGAAAAUCAAGGCAUAGAAAGUACUCAUAGCAUAAUGCUAGAUGUCAUAAUGGUUGAUAUAUUAGAUGCACAGAGACAAGCAGAUAGAAACUAAAAAGUGAGGUGUUUGUUUUCAAAACAUGAUACAUUUAUUUGGAUACUGAUAGGUUAAAAAUAUAUUUAAGACAAAAAUGAAACAACCCUUCCUAUGCUGGCCAAACUUUGCACAUCACAAAAUUACUGCACAAACUCAGAAGCAUGGAUUAUUGAUGCAUAAGAGCGGCCUGGUAGUAGAAUAGCAGGGUGCUUCAGGCUACACAUGG